CUCCGGCGCCUGCGGCUCAGUCAGGUGUGCAGGCGCGGAAGGCACCCCGGGUGGGUAUGGCGAGCUGGUGGCGUGCGUUUCCACGCGCAGCACGGCGCUAUCCGUGGCCCACCAACGUGCUGCUUUACGCCGGUCUCUUUUCAGCGGGUGAUGCGCUGCAGCAGCGGCUGCGGGGAGGCCCGGCCGACUGGCGCCAGACGCGGCGCGUGGCCACUCUGGCCAUAACCUUCCACGGUAACUUCAACUACAUGUGGCUGCGCCUUCUGGAGCGCGCGCUUCCGGGCCGCGCGCCGCGCACGGUCCUGGCCAAGGUGCUGUGUGAUCAGACUGUCGGUGGGCCGAUUGCCCUCUCUGCCUUCUACGUCGGUAUGAGCAUUCUCCAGGGAAAGGAUGACAUAUUUUUGGACCUGAAGCAGAAAUUCUGGAAUACAUAUAAGAGUGGGCUGAUGUACUGGCCUUUUGUGCAGCUAACCAACUUCAGCCUUGUCCCUGUGCACUUGAGAACAGCUUAUACGGGACUGUGUGGUUUCCUCUGGGCCACCUUCCUCUGCUUUUCUCAGCAGAGCGGUGAUGGCACAGUGAAGUCCAUGUUCAUCUUCUUUCGCAGGAAAGAGGUGGGUGACGGGCCUCCAGAGAAAUGAGGAGUCCAGGACUCCCUUUCAGACUCAGUUAUGUCUCUCCAUUGCUCUCAAUCACCCGCGGCAGGCCUGCUUCACCGAGCAGUUGCUAUGGGCUCCAUAGGCCCACUUGUUUCAAAAUGAUUGUUUUAACUGUUAUCUAAACCCUUCCUAUUCAUUCCAAUCUGAAAGUCUUAUUUCCCUGAUGUUUUCACAUCUCUAAUGCUUUGGUUAAAAUUACAACAGUGACAGGUGACAUUUUAGAGUUAUUAAUACUUUUAUUCUAAUAUAAGACCAGUUGCAUUAAAAAAAAAAACAACAACCUUCUAGUUUUGAUUGUUUAUAUUUCUAGCCUAAACUCUCAGGCAAUUUCCUACACACUUUGGGAUCAAAUUGCCUUUUGUCCUUACAGUAAGUUUCUAUCUAUACAGAAUUCAGUCAAGAAGAUUGAAUAACCAGCCUCCUCAGAUACUCAAUAAUAAUUUAUUAUUACACCAACAAUAAAAUUCUGUAAGCAGAUGUUUUUAUCUUCAAAAAGGAAUAAUGUUGGAUAUCUUCUAUAUAGAAUAUUUUAUUGUUGCUGUCUACUUGUUUUCUUUCUAAGAUAGGGUCUCUCUUUGUGUAGCUCAGGCUACCCUGGAACUCACUAUGUAUCCCAGGCUGGGCUUCAGUCUUCCAAGUGAUGAGAUUACAGGCAUGAGCCAUCAUGCCUUACUCUUCUACUUUUAUAUUAUACCAUUCAAGUAUACUACCCUUUAAUUGAUAUCUUCUAGCUUUGAGAGGAUACAAUUGACAAGCACUCUAAUUCCUACAUACAUGAAAUAAAAUAUUUGGCUUCUUAAUGAAUUAUAUUAAAUGAAAAUUCUAGAAAACUAAUCAUUUCCUUCCUCUCUAAGGAAGAACUCUAAUCUAUAUUCUACCAGUAUAUACAGUUUGCAAUAAUCCUCCUGCCUCUGCCUUCCAAAUGCUGGAACUACAACAUGAGCCAUGCCUGGCUUUGUGUGUGUGUGUGUGUGUG